GUAGUAAAUUUUAUAAUUACCAACCCUUGCCCGGUCACUGAAUGCACCAUGACGUUCACCUGUCAGCGUGAACUGAGCAGCUGUUCCAUUUGAGUGUGCGGGCACCUCGCAAACGACACGUACUCCAAAUUUUAAAAAGCAUGGCGCGCGGGCAUCAGAAGAUUCAAUCCCAGCAGAAAAACGCCAAGAAACAGGCAGAAAUGAAGAAGGCCAAGGGUCACGAUCAAAAGACGGCAGCCAAGGCAGCACUCGUGUUCACCUGCUCUGUGUGCAAAUCUCAGAUGCCUGACCCAAAAACCUUCAAGCAGCAUUUUGAGAGCAAACACCCAAAAUCCCCUCUGCCCCCCGAGUUAGAGGGAGUGGAGGCGUAGGUGGAUGUGAAACUCUCGAACCCUGUACCAACAGCAGUCUGACAGCAAUGGAUGAUUUCAUGCAACCAACAUGAAGCACUUAUCUAUUAAUUCUUUUACAGGCUGGGUCACCUUUGAACCAAGCGCUGCCUCCCAUCCAAUCUGGUGCGGGUCAGGCUUGAAUACAUGUCACAGUAGACCUGUACAAUGUAUGAACAAUGAAAAGUAAUAAAAGGGGAUCGUUUGUUGUUCAGUUAUCCUGAACACACUGAUGUGUAAGAAUAUUUCUGCCCGCUCUUGUGCCUCUUUAUGCUUAGCUUUGGUGGACUGAUCGAUCCUUUACCGACCAGAGGUAAACGCACAGUGUCCUGGAGGUUGAGGACAUUACAGCAAUGACAAAAAUGAACUCAUCUUCUUAAUUAGUACUGAAUCGAAAGGAGACUGUGAACUGUCUGCCCAGUUAUACUGCAUAUUCUCAUUUUAGCUCAUCAUGAUGUCAUGUUGUGUUUAUAAAAAAAAAAAAAGUGAAACUUUGAUAGCCAUUUCCGAGCUGCUGAAUGAAUUGUAAGCCAAUGAAUGUAUCUUCCAGUGAUGCAUUGUUAAGUCAUUUUAUUAAAAGGUUCACUUUUAUAUUUUAUUUUAUUGCCGAGUAAUUUAUUAUUUUCCUUUCAAAGUGACAGCACUUUUCUGUUGCUCUACCCACUCAAGCAGAGCUCUUUUCAC